AUAGAGAGAUACCUCAUCAACGAUUACUCACCAUCGAUUAUCUACCAUUUUCGCACGUGACAUUGAUAAUAUUUACGCACAAUGAGUCACGGGUCAACGCUAAAGGAAUUGUUGUAAGUACAACUUUCUUUUGUGUGACAUGUGGAUUUAGCAACCUGGGAAUUGGAAAAUAUAUUGGUAUAUGCGUACUUUUUGCUAGUUUUGGAGUUGUAGAUGCUCUUGUCCAAUACGGUAUGGUUGAAGACAUGUCUCUUAUGUGGCGUGAGUUCAUUCAGAGAAUUAGUCAUGACUAUUACUUUAGACCAAAAUGGAGCACCAAGAAGUUUGAAGGGAAAAUUCCAUGCAGGAGUAGUUUGUUUCAUUCUUGGACUCGGGUCCCUUAUAGCUUGGAAUAGUAUGUUAACAACUGGAGAUUACUACUACAAACUGUUUCCUAGAUACCAUCCUUCGCGAGUGCUCACCAUCAUUUAUCUACCAUUCACACUUGUGACUUUGAUAAUAUUGACGCACAAUGAGUCAAGGAUCAACACUAGGAUGCGAAUCUUAGUUGGAUACACUCUUUUCUUUGUUUGCACUUUGUUGGUUCUUGUUUUAGACCUAGCAACAUCUGGCAAAGGGGGAAUCAGACACUAUAUUGGUUUAUGUUCAAUUUCUGCUAGUUUUGGAGUUGCAGAUGCUCUUGUCCAAGGAGGCAUGGUUGGAGACAUGUCUCUCAUGUGUCCUGAGUUCAUGCAGUCAUUCCUAGCCGGUUUAGCCGCCUCAGGAGUUCUAACAUCUUGUUUGAGAUUUCUCACCAAAGUGGUUUUUGAGAAAUCGGAGGACGGACUUCGAAGAGGGGCAUUGCUAUUCUUUGGAAUAUCUACCUUCUUUGAGUUUUUGUGCAUUAUUCUCUAUGCAAUCUACUUCCCUAAGUUGACCAUUGUAAAAUAUUAUCGUUCAAAGGCAGCCUCAGAAGGAUCGAAAACCGUUUCAGCUGAUUUGACAGCUGCUGGGAUUCAAAAUGAGAUAAGCCAACAAGUUGGAUUCGAUCAUAAACAACACGAACGGAUAAACAAUAAGCAACUAUUACUUCAGAACAUUGAUUAUUCAACCGGAUUAUUUCUGAUAUACAUGCUAACCCUGUCAAUUGUCCCCGGAUUCUUGUAUGAAAAUACUGGAUCACAUCAGCUAGGAAAAUGGUACGCGCUGGUUUUGAUCGCGGUGUUUAAUGUCUCGGAUUUAAUAUCCAGAUAUAUUCCCCUCCUCAAAUUCCUGAAGUUGGAGUCAAGAAAGUGCUUACUCGCUGCAAUUCUUUCUAGAUUACUAUUGAUCCCUGCAUUUUACUUCACAGCAAAAUAUGGUGACCAAGGAUGGAUGAUUAUGCUUGUUUCUUUCUUAGGACUAACAAAUGGCUAUCUCACUGUUUGUGUGCUAACAGUUGCACCAAAAGGUUACAAGGCUCCUGAACAGAAUGCACUAGGUAAUAUUCUUGUGUUGUUUCUUAUGUGUGGCAUAUUUGUUGGGGAUGCUCUUGACUGGUUGUGGCUCAUAGGAAAAUCACAAGGAUUCUGAAAUGAAACAAAUAAUCGGUGUAUGUAAAUGUAAGAUUUUAAUUUAAGCAUGUAUCGGAAUAAUUCUGUGCUUCCAAUA